AUGGAGGCACUGCCAAUCGAGCUUCUACGCAAAAUUGUCUCUCAUCUUGAUGAUUGCACAUCCCUGUAUAACCUUCUACGCGCAUCGCCAGCCAUCUUUGGCCUGUUCGACCACGAGGGCCUUCAGCUUACUCGCGCCGUCUUCUCUCAAGACACCAUGUGUGAUCAAAUCCGCGAAUCAAUCUCCCUCAUGGCCCUUCUCGACUCUUAUACCUUUCCAUACCCGACCCUAGAUGUCUUUAUCGCUAGUUUUGUUCAUUUAACGGUCAAAGGUGUACAGCCACAACGAGCAGACGAUCCUGUAGGCCCACUUCUUCCGAAUGACUUACCUGACAACACUCCUAUCCCGAAAAUCCGCCGGAUUCUCUCUAUAUAUGCACAAAUAGUACACUUGACUGAAGCUUGUCUUGAUCACUACCUGGAAAAAUUUAAUGCUCUCCGACCGGAGAAUAUAGUCGAUACUGAGACUCGGUAUUCAAAAGACUUCAAGAAGACCCCACCGUGGACUCAAAGAUUUGAAAGCUUCAAGGUCCCAGUCACUGAUCACGGGCCAAUAGUUUGGGAAGAGGAGCAGCGCGUUUCCCGCGCCCUCUGGAGAAUUCAAUUAUUCUAUGAUCUGCGCACCGCCGCUAACCAGUCUCAGCUUCGCUGGCCCGCUGAAGACGUGACGCGAUUGCAAACUAUGAAAGAGCGAGAUCUUUUCGUCAAGUGGGGCCUAUGUUACGAGGCGGAGGAAAUCCACACGGUGAACGAGUAUCUUGACCAUGCAUGGGCCGCAAAUCUUGUCUUCUUUCAUGACCCCACUAACAGCAGCAGUGGCGGCUGUAAUAGAGACUCUCGGCGAUUGCCAUUUCUCCGGCACCCAGUCGAACGAAGGUGGCCAAUGCCGCGAAGACCGUCCCCGGAGCCUGUGACCCAAACAUACAAGAUUGAUUUUGGUACAUUUGGCAUGCAACAAUGGCAACGGCUGUCAGAGAUGCCAUUUUCACCCUUGCGCACCGUCAAUUUUGACUCCUAUCGACGGUUAGGGGUCGCCUUUUGGUGUCUAGAGAGAUUCCAAGCCAUCGGGUUGAUCCCUUUGAAUGGCGAAGGGCCGGGGGCAUCUAUCAACCUAACACUAUGGCAAUUCGCCUGGCGAAGUAUCUUAGAUCCUCUCGAGGUGGUGGAAGUAGAGAAAAAAUUACAAACCGAGUGGGAGGAGCGUGAACCCAGGGAUUAG